UUUUAUAAAUACUAGCCGUUGGCCGAUGCCCCGCUCGUCCCUUUCAAAUUCCCCCAAUCUCUCUCUCUCUCUCUCUCUCUCUCUCUCUCUCUCUUUAAAAAAAAUGCAAUCGAUCCAAUCACCGAUUGCAGCCGUCGAUCUGAAACCCCACCGAAAGGCCCCAUUCCGGAAGCCCCUCCAACCGAAGAACUUCAAUUCCAGCAAUACCCCCUCAAGCCAUGAAAAACCGAAACCGAUCAAGAUCUCCUUGCCGCUGCCAUCGGUCAGAGAUGGCCACGAGGACAAGGAGAACCGCCCAAUCGGAGGACCGUUCGAUGUGUCUCUGGCGGAGGAGCUGGUGGCGAUACGACGGAAGAUGGAGAGGCUAAGGGAGGAGAGGGAGAAGACAGAGAGGGUUUUGAGGGAAAAAGAUCUGAUGUUGGAAGAGGCGAUGGGAGAGAUGGAGAAUAGAUGGAGAGAGCAGCGAAUGGUCGAGAUGGAGAUGGAGAGGAUUAGGAGAUUGAAGGAUCUAAAGGAUUCUUGCACGAGAAUACCUCCUUUUAUAUCUCUCAGAAUCAAAGAAAGAGAAAAGAAGAUUCAGGAAGCCCAGUUGCCACAGGUGGAGAAAGAAAAUGAAGAAAAAGAAAAGUUGGGAGAGAAAAGGGCAGAAAGAGAAAAGGGGAGUCUAACAACGUAGAAAAUCCCCUACACAAGAAAGAAAUGCAUCCACAACAGUCUUCGCCAAUAGCUGCUAUCCUUGUAUUAUUUGUAUCUUCCUCUCUUUUAAUAGAAUUUAUCAUUACCAAUAGAAAAUCUCUCUCUCUCUCUCUCU